AGGAGGGGAGCCUCCCACCAAAGUAGGACAAGUGUGUGGAGAGCUGAAAGCAACGUCGCGGCUCCAGCUGGGCUCUAGGUGGCAGCAAGAGCUCCAUCGGGCUAGGCUGCACGCCCAUCAUCCCGGAGCAAGGGACAGGCACUGAACCAAAAGGAAGGUGAUGAAACCUAGGACUCGGAGCUGAAGGGGCAGCCCCAGCAGCAGGUUUGCCUCCUCUGGUUUCGCCGUCGCUCGGAGCACGGACUUGCAAAUGGCUCUGGCGGUGCUCGUCCCCUGGAGCCGUAUCCUCGUGGUUGCUAGCUUCCUCCUUGUGUCCCAAGGCAGGUCAUCAGCAGAUGCUAUUAGAAACGUCCAAGUCUUAGGAUUGAAUGAGACACAAGUGAUGCAAAGUCUGACCUUCUCUGUGCAUAUCACUGGGAGUCUUCCUAUGACUUUAUGCUGGCUAAUUAAACCAGACUGUGUCCCUCUAGAAGGAAAUGAAUGCCACCUGGUGGUGAUAAAUAGCACCUCUUACAAUGUGAACCACACCUUCAAGGAUCCAGGAGAGUAUUGUCUCAGUGUCAGAGUCCAAAACAGCACCAACCAGAUCCCUCAGUAUCACCUGAUUAAAGUGUUGUCCUCUGGCAUCCACCCAGCUCUCUUUGCUUUGCCCUGUGUCUUUCUCAUCUCAGGGAUGCUGAGUUUCAUCAUAUAUGUGACCUACAGGAAUAGUUCCCAGCAGAAGGACCUGGUAGAGGUGGCUGAUUUCGACUUUUCUCCCAUGUCUGACAAGAGCCUGGCUGGUUCUGAGUCCAAGAAAUGCUGUAUGAAGCUGUGCUGCAUUCAUUACUCCCUUCAACCACCUUCACAUGAUUGGAAGACCAUCAGAGAGUCUCUUGAGUUGCUGCAUCCUUUCUAUAAGCCGGUUAAAAGUUACUCAGUGUGAACAAUGAACCUAGCUGGCUUAUUUAAGUUUUAGGUGUCUACUGACUUCAAGCCUUGGAAAGAAUCCAGAGCAUCUGCUGGCAUGGUUUAUUUUUACAAAGCAGUUUGAAAUAUGAAAACUUGAUCCAGUCCAGUGACAUAGAGCUAUCCUUAUUAUCCUGUGCAGGGGGAGCUGAAAACUUAUCUGAUUGUCUUGAAUUUUCGAUAUUCACUCCGAUGAGCAUGGCACAGCUACAUUUCAAGCUGGGUCUUUUGUCCCUGGGGUUCUCUAGGUGCACAUAUUUAUCUGUCUAAUGCAUUUGGAAUUCACCCAUCGAUUACUGACUAUUUUUUAAAAAAUGUGAGGAAUAAGUCUCAUUUUUAAAAGCAAUCCUCCUUUUCAUAUGUUCCCCCUCUGGCAGUUCAUAUAUUGUUGGUUUAGGGGGGAAGUAUGGACCCCGGGCUUUACUGGUACAACAAAUUCCCAGGAGAAAGAGAAAACUACAUUGACCAAUUCAGUUUGUAUUUUCUCUGUAAUUUGUAAAUCUUAGAGAACUGCCUGGAACAAUGAAAGGUUAAAGUGACUUGCCCAGGAUCAUGUCAGAAAUGGUGACUCGACCCUGGGUCUUCUUAGUGACAAGGGGAGCUCUCUAACCAUCAAGAAAUGCUGCUUCUCAUGUAGUUUGCUUACAGGGCAUAAUAGUGGCUAUUUUAACCCUGCCUCUUAUUAGAAAUAAGAUGGAAAGAAGUCAGAUGCUAUGUUUUGCCAUAGCAUCAACAGGCUACACCCACCUGACUUCUCAAUGCUCCCAGUCCUUGCCUUGCAUCAAGCUGCUUUGAGCUACUCUAUUCCCAGAAAAUUUCCCUGCACUGUCAGGGAUAUCCACCUGCAUUGUUCAGAAAGAAUUAGUAGGGGCAGCUGGGUGGCUCAGUGGAUUUGAGAGCCAGACUUAGAGAUAGAAGGUCCUGGGUUCAAAUUUGACCUCAGACACUCCCUAGCUGUGUGGUCCUGGCCAUUUAAACUCCAUUGCCUAGUCCUUACCAUUCUUCUGCCUUAGAACCAAAGUACAGUAUUGAUUCUAAGAUGGAAGGCAAGAUUUUAAGAAAGAAAGAAAGAAAGAAAGAGGAAAGAAAGAGAAAA